CCGAGGGAAUUCGAUGAGAGAAGAUCCUCAAAGGAUUUGUACUACGUGCUCAUCUCUAGUUCACUUUUAUAUUUCGAUUUCCAGCGAUUUUCCAAGGACGAGAGUGUAUUUGGACGUCCUGCUUCCAGGGGGUGGCGACGCAUGAUGAGCGGACCGAGUUUUGAGAAGAAGAUAUCGAACAUUUUAACCGAUCUUCCAGGCUCUAUGAGCUGCCAUCCGGCAUCUAAAGACUCUCCAACUCUGCCAGAGAGCUCUGCUACAGACAUGGGUUACUACAGUGGACAGACGCCGCACGGCCCAAACGAAUACUACCAGAGCCAGUCGUAUUCACAGCCUAUGAAUCCGUAUUCGUAUCAUCAGUUCAAUUUAAACGGGAUGGGGGGUGCAGGGGCUUAUGCCACCAAAUCCGAAUACCCCUACUCCAACUCCUAUAGACAAUAUGGGCAUUACAACAGGGAUCUGCAGACGCCUCCUCAGGACAUAGUUAAAGAAGAACCAGAGACUGAAGUACGUAUGGUGAAUGGGAAGCCGAAAAAAAUUCGGAAGCCGCGCACCAUAUACUCCAGCUAUCAGCUUGCGGCUUUGCAGCGGCGGUUUCAGAAGGCGCAGUACCUCGCAUUGCCUGAGAGAGCCGAGCUCGCUGCUCAGCUUGGCUUGACGCAGACACAGGUAAAAAUUUGGUUUCAGAACCGGCGAUCCAAAUUCAAGAAGCUGUACAAGAACGGAGAAGUGCCGCUCGAUCAUAGCCCCAACGCCAGCGACUCUAUGGCCUGCAACUCCCCCCCAUCUCCGGCUGUCUGGGAAAAUAAUUCUCACACCAACCCCGCCAAUAGGGGGCAGCUCCCGCAGCCAGCCCUCAGCUCUUCGCCGUCAUAUAUGGAAGAUUACAGCAAUCACUGGUACCAACAGGGAUCGCAUUUACAGCAUACGGGCUCCGUACAUCACACCCCACCGCCGCAGAGUGUUGGGGCUGUAUAUUAAUAGACUGGUCUAUAAUUUAUAAAAGAAAAAGACUUUUAAAUGCAAAGGAUUUUUUCCAUUUUAAUUUUUUUACAUUGUCGAUUAAAAAAAUAAGCUGACCACCACGGAAGUACAAUUAGUGCAACUGCAUUUUUGUUGGCGCUUUGGAGUUGAACGCUUGAAAACAAGAUUAAAAAGUCAGGGAGACCAGUUACUGUAUCACGUGAACGCUCUAAGCAGUCGAUCCGUUUAAAUUCACAUGCACAAACUUGUUGCAUCACUUCACUUUCUCACAAUAUUUAAACAAAGUACAGAGUGCUUUUAAGUUAUUAAUAAUAUUUAGUUUUGAGGUUCU